AUGGCGACGUGGAGGGACGGUUUGAGCGACCUGGAGAGCGAGAUGCUCGUGCACAGCGAGUCCAUAGGAUUAUCUCCUUACGCUCGCACGCCUGCAAAACGUCCAAAGCGGUCCGUCGACGAAGAGGACAUGCCGGCUCUGCCCGAUCCGAGUCCGGACCCAGACGCUUGGCGUCUCAUGAACACGGCGUGGUGCUUUUGUAAAAGAUGCGAGGUUAUGCCGUCCUCAAAGGAGUGCCUGUGUUGCCGGGAAUGCCUACCUGCGAAGGCAGCACAGCCGGAGGGCUGUAUUACGGAGCACGCAGACUUCGCGCUGGUCUGCCUCCAGCCCGCCGUGCUCCGAGUAGCCCUUUGGGCUCUGGAGGAUGCAGAUAUUCCCCCGACACAGGGAGAACCGAUGUGCCAAUUCCAAAUGCAACUGCUCCAGUACGACAACACCACGGGACACAUACCGGGAAAGGUAAUGUACUGCGAGCCUCCCGACGAAAAAGAGAAGAAUGCGCAUGCCCCAGAGAACAGUCACAAUCUUCAGACAAUAGCCCUGCCCGAUGAGUACCAGCCUGCCUGGACUGCCCUCGAGUGCCUCGAGAGCCAGCCUUUAGCUGAUAAAUCUACUGACUAA